GUACCAUAGUUAUUGUUCGCCGCCGAGUCAACCUCUUCGAUGAUAACUGUUCCGCACUUAUCUGACAACACCCCACCACCAACGGCUCACUGAGGCUUUCCAGGUAUCAGUGAGCCUGUCACUACUGUAUUGUUAGUUGCAGAUGUUAGGAACCGUGUGAUUCUGAACCCCCUAGCCAAAAUGCAGGGCUUUAGUAAGUUUCCCUGAAUCCAGGCGAGAUCAGCGUAUUAUUGCACGGAUUUUUUGAGCUAAUACUCUCUUUUUUUUCUUCUUAUAUAGAUAUGGGACGCUACGUCCCUCCCGACCAAGAAGGUCUAACGACAGGCAACAAACUCGCUGGAAAACAUGCCCUUGGAGCACGAGCGCGCCACCUCCGCACGACAGGUGCUCUGGUCGUGCGAUUCGAGAUGCCCUUCGCAGUAUGGUGCACGCACUGUCAGCCCGAAGCGAUCAUCGGACAAGGAGUGCGGUUUAACGCGGAGAAGAAAAAAGUCGGCAACUACUACUCUACUCCGAUCUACAGCUUUCGUAUGAAACAUACUGCUUGUGGAGGGUGGAUUGAGAUUCGGACGGAUCCGAAGAAUACGGCGUAUGUCGUUACGGAGGGUGGGAGGAAGAGGGAUACGGGGGAAGAUAAAUUUACGGGAGAACCGGGGGAGAUUCGGAUUCGGUUAGGUGCGGAGGAGGAGGAAAAGAAGAAGAAGGAAGAUUCGUUUGCGAAACUUGAGGGGAAGGUGGAGGAUAAGAGGCGGGCGAUGACGGAGUCGAGUCGUAUUCUGGAACUGCAGAAACGACAGGCGAGAGAUUGGGAGGAUCCGUAUGAGAAGUCAAGAAAGUUGCGCAGGACGUUUCGGACGGAGAGGAAAGAGCUUCAGAAGGCGGAGGGGAUCAAAGAGGCUCUGAAGGAUAAGAUGAGUCUGGGGAUAGAGAUUGUCGAUGAAACGGAGGAAGACAGAAUGCGUGCGGGCAUGGUGGACUUUGGAGCAAUUCCAGAUCCUUCUCACGCAACUCGGACGAAGCCCAUGUUUGCGAUUUCCUCCUCGCCUCAUGGCCGAAGUUCUAAGUCCUUGGACCAUGGGAAGAAAGGGAGGAAAACCAAGGCUGCUGAUAUUGCUACAGAGCGCAAAGCCUUGCUCCGGAGCGAGCUGAGUGGUAAUACCCGCGCUGCCCUGGAUCCUUUCUUAACCGGAGAGAGUGUAUGGCGGCCAGAGAUCAAGAAACGAAAAGCAACAAAACAGAAUGGUGGUGGUGGGAAUAUGGAGGGAUCUGCUAAGCUGUCUCCUGAUAAUGGUCAAGCGAUCUCAGAGACGUCCGCAGAGCGCAGUUCAGGCAUGCCAGCACUCGUGGAUUAUGGUUCUGAUUCGGAUUGAGCAGAGUGGUUUACGGCGUGUUCCGUUUGUUUUUGUUUCCUUGCAUGAUACCCCGGAUCGGAUGGAGUCGGUUCUGCUUUGAGUGCAUAUGGGAUUAUAGGUUGAACUGGCAUUUUAUGCUGCGAAUGAGUCGUUCAUGAAGCCUUCCGUCAG